GCCAAAUACAUUGAGAGGACAAAAAAGCAUAUGCCUUUUGAAGUCACAUUCUUCAACCAAAGAGGCUCUGUUCACAUUGAAACAAAAGGGUGGCCCAUAUCACCAUCAACCAGAGUUGCCCACCUUCUUGAAUUCUCCCAAAAAACCAACCAUGGCAGAGUCUAACAACAACAAGAGCCCUGCAGAGGUCAAGGAUUUUCAGAUUAUGAUUGCAAAUAAAGAUGAUACCAAAAAGCAACUAGCACCGAAGAGAAGCUCCAACAAAGACAGGCACAAGAAAGUGGAUGGUAGAGGUAGAAGGAUAAGGAUGCCAGCUCUAUGUGCUGCAAGGAUUUUUCAAUUGACCAGAGAAUUGGGUCAUAAAUCAGAUGGAGAAACGAUUCAGUGGCUAUUACAACAAGCUGAACCAUCGAUUAUUGCUGCAACUGGUACUGGGACGAUUCCUGCUUCAGCUCUUGCGGCCAUAGGGGCCUCUGUUUCUUCCCCUUCAGGAUUGCAUACGAAGAUGGAAGGGCUGGGACCAAGUGUUGGGUCCAGACAGAGGGCCAAUUGGGCAAUGAUGAGUAAUAAUUUGGGAAGAUCUAAUGUAGCAAGUGGGAUAUGGCCCUCUGUCGGUGGAAUUGGGGCAAGUUUUGCUUCAAAUACAAGCCAUUCAGCGUCCAAUUUUGGAAAUGAAAACUCUAAUACCUUGCCAAAAUCUGGGUUCCAUGGGGUAGAAUUUCCAAAUAUUAACAUGGGUUUGAUGAGUUUUUAUUCUAUGUUUAGUGGUAGUAAUCAGCAAGUUCCAGGUCUAGAGCUCGGGCUUUCCCAGGAUGGACAUAAUGGGGUGUUGAAUUCUCAAGCUUUGAACCAAUUCUACCAGCAAAUGGGACAGAGCCGCAGCAACCUAAAUUCCUUGAAUCAGCAACCACAGCAGCAAAAUCCCGAUGAGGAUUUUCAAGGAUCAAGACACUCAAAAAUUGAGAGAGAUCAGCUUCUGAUGGAGAAAAAAAUUGAGUGAAAUGAAUUGUGGUCUCUAGUAUUGGCUGCUAGCUUCAGUCCUUCUGAUCAGCAGUUUCAUCCAAGUCUGCAAAAAUCAGGAUGCAGGAUGAAAUUUGAAGAGAUCAUGGUUUGAGGAUUGAGUUUGAGCGUGUUUCAUACAAAUUUUUGCAGAUUUGUUAUAUAUAUUGCAAAAAUACUUUUACUUUUAGGCAUUCUCUCUUUCUGCUUAUGUGAAUCAAAUAAUAGUCUUUUAUUGAAUAUUUUGUACAUAUUAAGAAAAUUUCUGACUAGGAAACUUUUGAGCAAGCUACCAUGUACUGCUCUAUCCCAUCAAACUCUAAUAAGUUUGAAUGGUUAUAAUGGUUUGAAUUUGAAAAAUAUUAUUCAUAA